AUGCACCAGUGGGAGCAACCCAGAGCUACUGCCGUUUCCUUCGUGAGCGUCAUCGCCUUUAUCUUUGCCGCCCGUUACUUGCCCCUUCUUCGUUGGUUCUUCAAGUUUACGUAUCUGGCUUUGGGAUUCACUGCUGCGGCCGAAAUCGGUGGUCGUCUUGUGCUGUCACAGGGCCUCGCCAGCUCAUUCCGUCCUCGCAAAUACUAUACUGUCCCCAAGGAAACCGUUGAGGCAGUCUUGGAGGACCUCGAACAGCUCGUCGACUUCCUUCUUCUUGAGUUCCAGCGUAUUCUGUUCGCCGAGAAUGUUGUCCACACUGUUGCCGCUUUCUCUGCUGCCUUUACUGCCUACUGGCUGAUCAAGUUUCUCCCAUUCUGGGGAUUGUCUCUGAUUGCAGUCACCAUCGCCUAUCUUGGGCCUCUUGUCUACAUCAACAACCGCGAAGUCAUUGAUGCUCAAAUUGAGAAUGCCCAUGCAAUGAUCAACUCCCAAGCGCACCAGUUGAAGGACCUCGCUGAGGAACGUACCCAUCAUGCCACCGGUCUCGUGAAGCAGUACGUUGGUGACUACAGCGCCAAGGCUCAGGAGUACAUUGGCCACCGUCGCAGUACUUCACCAGAAGCUACCAAGGCUGCCGGUCCUGUUGUCAAGAAGGAACCUAGUGCCGAAGCCAUUGUCAAGCAGGAGCCCAUCCCCGAACCCGUCAUCAAGACAACAGACUUCCCGGAGGCCCCAAAGCAGGAGCCGGUAGCAGAACCGAUUGAGCACAAUCGCCAGCCUCUGGAGACCAGGGAGCCUUUGCUGGCUGCUUAA